AUGUUACUAAACAGAGAGACCAGCACCGAUCUAACACUUCUAAAAGAAACUUUUCAUGAUGACUUCAUACUUACGAUGUCCAACGUAUUCAGUUGGGUGAGAUGGAUAGGAAUUGUUGGAUCCAGUCGAAUUACAUGGAAGCUGUAUGCGCUCACCCUGUUUUGCCUUUUGCUUGCUAUUGAAGGUCAAGCUUCUAAAAAAGUCAUGAGGGCGCUAACUGGAGUAGCUGUUGAUAUAUCAGGACACAGUACUUCAUAA